CCGCGCCACUGAAUCACACUAUCCUUGUUUUCUCCCUUCGCUUUCAGAGCGCCUUAAGAAUCGGGCGGCGGGUCCUUUCCGUGCCUCCCUUCUGCCUUCGCUUUGUUGCUAUCCAUAAAGAAAUAUCCUGAACUCAUCUGUUUUUCUUGAUGAGUGAUACCAUUCCUUCUGAUGCAGUUGGUCGAAGAAUUCUCUGUAAUGGAGAAUAUGGAACAGUACUUUAUGUUGGUAAAGUUCCUCCUACAACAGGAAUUUGGCUUGGAGUUGAAUGGGACAACCAUGAAAGAGGAAAACAUAAUGGUAGCCACGAAGGAAUACAGUAUUUCAAAUGCAGGCAUCCUACAGGUGGAUCCUUUAUCCGCCUAAACAAGGCAAAUUUUGGGGUAGAUUUCCUUUCCGCCGUUAAGGAGAAGUAUGGAUUGAAUGAAAAUGAGCACGAUCCAGAGAGUGAAGAAGGACUGUCAUUAGUAAUUGGAACGAAAACUGUAGAAACAGUUGGAUUUGAUUCCAUUAAGGAAAAACAAAAGCAAUUAAAUAUCUUAAGCGACAUUUCAGUUGAUGUGUGUGCCGUGAGUCUUGCCGGUCAAGAAGAAGAAAUCAGAAAAUCAUGCCCUAAUAUUCGGCAGAUAAACUUAUCAAGAAAUCUUUUGUCAUCUUGGAAAGAAGUGUUAGCCAUUGCCUGCCAAGUUGAAAAUUUAGAAACACUUAAUCUCAGUGAAAACAAAAUGACAUUUCCGUCUGUCCUACCACCUGCUUCACAAACAUUUUGUAAACUCAGGGUUUUGGCACUUAAUCAGACUGGAGUGACAUGGACUGAGGUUCUUUUAUGUGCUACAGGGUGGCCUGCUCUUGAAGAACUUUAUCUUGCCUCCAAUAGCAUUUCACUUUUAAAAAGACCUAUUGAUGUCCUCCAGAAUCUGAAAUGGCUAGAUCUUUCUAAUAAUCAGUUAACGGAUGAAAAUCAACUUCAUCUCAUUGCGGAUCUUCCCAGGUUAGAAAGAUUAAUACUUUCAAACAAUGGAAUUCAUUCUAUACACUUUCCUGAUGCAGCAUUUGGUUACAAGACUAGAAUGUUUCCUUCAUUAACUCAUCUUAUAUUAAAAGACAACAGAAUAGCAAAAUGGUCUGUUAUCAAUGAACUUGACAAGCUACAAAAACUUGAAUCAUUUGAUUGUCGGAAUAAUCCUUUGAUGGAUUCAGAGAAAAAUAUAGAGACUUUGAAACAACAUAUUAUUGCCAAAAUAGGCCGAUUAAAGUUUUUGAACAAAUCACAGAUCUUUCCCGAAGAAAGGAGGGGAGCAGAACUUGACUAUAGAAAAAAAUAUGGAAUUCAUUGGUUAAAGGCUGGUGGUAAUCAAGAUCCAAAUAAAAAUAAACCAAGUGAGGAAUUCCUUGCUGCUCAUCCAAGAUUUCAACUACUCUGUGACCUCUAUGGUGCCCCAGAAGAUGGAGAGCUGGAAAGAGAACAACCUUUUUCUCUAAAGAAUCAGUUGUUGACUUUGACUUUUAAAUGCCCUGACAAAGCUGACCAGAAGCCUAUAGAGAAGAAACUUCCAGAUUCUAUGACUAUCCAGAAGGUCAAAGGAUUGCUGUAUCGUCUACUUAAAAUUCCAGGCUCAGAACUGAAACUAUCAUAUGAAAGUUCUAAAAUGAAAGGCAAAGAAUUUGAAUUGGACAAUGACCUAAAGCCCUUGCAAUUCUACUCUAUUGAAAAUGAAGAUUGCAUUCUAGUACGAUGGUAAAAGCUGCCUUCGAUACAUUUUAAGAUAACUUGCACACUGCUAACAAAGUUUAGGAUGAUUUUUAAUAGUAUUGUUGGGGAAAGCUUUUAUAAAAAUGUAUCACUGUUUGGUAGAGAAGCUUUUGUAUUCUUGUUUUCUUAAGAAAAGAAAAGAAAAAA